UUUCCCCUGAAUCAAGCUCAUCUCGUCCACCGUUUCACCCGCGCACAGGCGCACGCAGUCUUCUUACGCUCGUAUCGGAUUAGCCACGCGCCCAUGGUUUCGUCGAUGAACCACUACAGAGAUCAGGCGCCCCUGUCCCUGUCACUCUCCCUCGGCGCCGUGGCCGAGCGCAAGAAGAAGCUCCGGCGCGCAGCGGCCGGAGGAGGCGGAGAGAGUGCUGCCGGGGAGUUCGCGUGCAAGACGUGCGGCCGCUCCUUCCCGACGUUCCAGGCGCUCGGCGGGCACCGGACCAGCCACCUCCGCGGCCGCCACGGGCUCGCGCUCGCCCUCGCCGGAGACCACUACUCCGUCAAGCCCAAGAAGACCACGUCCACGGACGACCAGAAGCCGGCGGCGGUACACCAGUGCCAUGUCUGCGGCCUCACCUUCGAGAUGGGGCAGGCGCUCGGGGGACACAUGCGCAGGCACCGCGAGGAGGCCGGCGUCGUGGCGCAGGCGCCGCCCGUUCUGCUACAGCUCUUCGUCUAGAUAGCUAGCUCCAUUGAUUGGUAGCAGUCUCUAGCUCCAUUUAGUUCAGUGUUCCUGCAGGUUAACCCGUGUGCGCGAUUUGUUGUACACGUUGUUGCACACCCUUAGUCGCAGGCUUCAUCAUUGGCUUAUUCGUUCCUACGUGUACAUAUAUCACUAGGACUUGUUCAUUCAUUCGUUACAGAGAUUAUACAUUGAUUCAUUCGUUU